AUGAUUCACUUGCAAACACCAAAGAAAUCGACAUUAUUCACCCAACAACCAAAUCAGUCUUAUUCAUCUAGUAGGGAUUCUUCUACAAUGGAUAGCAGCUACAAUACAUCAUUUGCUAAUACAACCAUUAGUAGCAAUAGCACUGGUGUAUCAACUUGCAACACCUCAACCAAUGUUUCUGGCGCUAAAUUUACUUUGCCACCAUUAUCUUCAAUAUUAUCAUCAGCUAAAUCCAACCACUACAAAGAGCACCCAUUGACCAAUAUAACCAAUACUGCAAAUGCAAAUGCAAAUGCAAACACUAGCUCAUUAUUUGCACAAACACCAUGCAAGAAAUUACCUUCGAUUGAUUCUUUUACAAGCACACCAUUGAGUACAGCCACCCCAUACAUCUACCACCAACAACAACAACCACAAAAACAUACUCAAUCUCAACCACAGCUCCACCACCACGUCUCUUUCCAACAACAACAAUACUCAGCACCAAGGUCCGCUUCAAGCUCGCUUCCACGUCCUUCACCUCCUUUACUUCCCCACCCACAACCACACCAUUCUCACUCAUAUAUUACUUAUCAACCAGUGUCAACAACAACAACAACAACAGCAGCAACCACUGCCACUGCAUCAACUACAACAACCCACUCAAAUGCAUCAUCGUCGACACCUACACCACCUCCACCACCCUCUGCAACAAAGUCAUCUUCACUGUUGAUUAUACCAUCGAGAAAAAGAUCUAACUCCAUUGCUGAUGAAGAUACUUCAAUGAUGGACACAAGUAUAUUGGAGUUACGCAAACCAAAAUCAAAACUAAGAGUCAAAUCCCUUUCGACAUCACCAACUACUAAAUUAUCCCCCUUACCAACGCCAAUAACAGCUACAUCUGCAACUGCAUCUGCAUCGGCAACUGUAACCUCAGCUGGAUCUUCUGAUAGGUUGUACGCAUUCAUUUCUCAUUCACCAGCAACUUUCCCAUCACAAGAACCAGAUAUUGAUAACGCACCACUAGCAAGAAGGAAAAGAAGAAGAACAUCACCCCAUGAAUUAAACAUUCUCAAUAAGGAAUUCAAACUCGGUUCAACUCCAAAUAAAGCAAGACGAGUAGAAAUCGCUAAAGUGGUACACAUGACCGAAAAAGCAGUUCAAAUUUGGUUUCAAAAUAAACGUCAAGCAUUGCGUAAACAAAGCAAUGUUGAAAAAGAAGUAUUGGAAUUGCCACCUACUGAUGUACCUAUUCAUCAACAACAUGAACAACAACUACAACAAAGUGGUCACCUUACAGCAGCUGCUCCACCACCUCCACCACCACCACAACCACAUGCGCCAAUGUACCCACUUCCAGCACAAGCACAGGCACCGGCUCCUCAACAUGUGCCGCCAAUCGUGUCUUCAACACCAACGAAACCAGCCAAGUCGAACUUGUCAAUUUUGAUUCAGUGA